AUGUCAAAAGAACUAAGAAAGAAAGAAAUAGAGAAGAAAAUUUCUGAUUUGAGGCGUCAAGCAUCUUCAAUAAUUUUGGGAGUGUAUAUUGAUAACCUUUUACCGUCUACAUACCAACUAACUGCACUACCCACAACAGAAACACCUACUGUUUUGGAUGCUCAUAUGGAUAACCCUCAAUAUGAUAUAUAUUUAUACAGUCCAACUUCGGGUUGCAGAAACACCUACCGUUAUGGAUGUCCAUGGUUUACAUUCCAACUACCGGUUGCAGGUACAAAGAAAGUAACAACU